CAAAGCGGUAGGUAGCCAUCGACCGGAGGGUCGUCGAGGUGAAGGAGUUGACACGACACAGCGGCUGUGUCACUACAGGUCACAUACCUGUGGUAACCAAAGAGUAAAAGCCAGACGGGCCUUUGAAGUUCAUCCCUGCCGAGGGCCAGAGACGGAGAAGUAGGGGCCAGUGGAGGCUGUGAUUGUGUCAAGCUCAUCCCAGCUGUGUGUAGGUGUCCUGGGCUACGUAGCCUAGCCAGACCUACCCCCACCUAAUCCAGAGAUGCUCCAGACCAACAACUACUCGCUGGUCCUGCUGGUCCAGCUAUGUCUGCUGACCUAUGACCUGUUUAUCAACUCCUUCAGUGAGCUGCUCAGGGCAUCGCCCGUCAUCCAGCUAGUGCUGUUCAUGUACGUACAUGAUUGGUUUUGUAGCCUGUUAAUGAUUCAAAUGUUUAUUAGAAUUUAAUAGCUAGUUCUUUUUUUUAAAUGUUCUUAAAGCUUUCCCAAAAACACAAUCAGGUCUUUGUUUACAAUUACUGCAAUGUUCUUUAGGCCUAACUGUGAUAUAACCUGUGUGUCCCCCAGCAUCCAGGACAUAGCCACCCUGUUCAACGUGAUCAUCAUUCUGCUGAUGAUGUUCAACACCUACGUGUUCCAGGUUGGCCUGGUCGCUCUGCUGCUGGUUAGGUUCAAAGCCUUACUGAUGCUGUCUGCCCUCUACCUCACCCUCAGCAUCUCCUUUCACUGCUGGAUAGUGGUACGUACGGACACACACACAGAGGAGCGUAGGAGUCGUAGUGACAGGAUUCUAACUCUCAUCAGAAAUAAUGCAUUAUGGGUACACGUGUUGUUCUAAACAUUGAUCUGAUGUGUUCUGUAGAACCUGAGAUGGCUGGAAUCCAACAGUUUCACCUGGACAAACGGCCUACAAGUCCUCUUCGUCUUCCAGAGGGUUGGUAAGUUGUUGAGAAAGACCUGCACACUGCUCUUGCCAGUAUCGCUUAGGUUUAUUCAGCCGUACUUUUUGAGGCUUUGAUAAGUGGUUUCUUAUUUUCACAAGCCUACUUAGUUAACAAACAUGUUUGUCAGUUUUGUGAUGCGUCUUCGGCAUUAACACUGGCAAAUGGUUGCUUUGAUUAAUAAUACUGAUACCAGACUAAACAACAUGUUGGUUUGUGAUGUGUUUGAGACAUUUAACCAACUGUGUUCUUCUCUGCCCACAGCUGCAGUGUUGUAUUGCUACUUCUACAAACGGACGACAGAGUGUCUGGGCGACCCGCGGCUGUAUGACGAUUCUGUCUGGCUGAGGGAUGUCUUCGCCAGAGCUCGUCAGUGAGAAGGAAGGAAGGAA